UCCACCUUUACAGUUAUUAUAUUUAACUGACUUACCUUAUUAAAAAUUUUAUAAACCUUUUAAACUUAUAAUAAUAUUAUGGAAGACAAAAUCGAAACUGCUAUGGAUAAAGAACAAAACGUAGAAAAAUUGACAGACAAACAAAAUAUUGUGAGGGAAGAAAUCGAACCUGUAAAAAAAGACUUAUCGAAAUCAACCUCUCUGAUUUCACAAAAAGAGGUUAUAGGAGUAAUAGAUGAAAACCAACAGGAGACUGAAGGUGAAGCUGAAAAAUCAAACUCCUUUGAUGCUAUAGAAGCCCAACAAGAGGUAGUCAAAGAGCAAAACAAUGUAAAAGAUUCUGUUAAGGUAAUCGAACGAACUGAACUAGAAGGAACUACAACAGAUGAGGUCGAGGAGAUUAAAUAUGUAGAAGAUACUGCACCAGAUCCAGCUGCGCCCUACAAUUUGACUGAUUCCAGUGAAGAACUCAAACCGCCUUUUAAAUUAAAACCAGAUCAAUUGGCCGAACUAGAAGAGCUUUGGAAUCUAUACCAGGAUUACACGCCGGCUUAUACCGACAUAAGCGGAUAUAUUACGGAAAAAGAAUUAAUUUAUAUGCUAAAAUCACUGUUUCUGAUGCCGUAUACUAGUGAUCAGCUUCAAGAGCUAAUUGCAUAUUGCGUCAGGCCUCCGCAUCCAGAGGGACAUAUUGAAUUCGAUCAGUUUGUUAAAAUUGCUACGAUAAGGUAUAGAGAUAUUUCAAUCGAAGAUAACUUGCGAUCGGCUUUGCAAGUUCUAGAUCAGGGUGAAGGACUAAUGAACCGUGAUCAUAUGAGGGAAGUUUUGACAACUCUGGGUCAUAAAAUGCCUGCUAAACAGUUGAAUCUUUUGAUCAAAGAAGUGGAUAUAAGAAAUGAUGGCUUGAUAGGUAUCGAAGACGUGAUGGCGACGAUUUGCAUAGAUUUGAUUUUUGAAUAAUUGAAUAAAUUUAGUUCCACAUA